UUUGCAAUAGUAGCGCGCCGCUUCUUCUCUUUUAUCUUUUUCUCAUCACUCUUAUCUCUUUCUCUAUUACUAAAUCAGACUUAUCAUGUCACUGUGAAGGCAACAAUUUAUCUAUUUAUACUAACAAGGGAAAAGUAUGGUGGCAUAUCUUCAUCUCUGUUGACUCUUGGGCUUGACCACUAGGCCAAUUCCAUGUAUCCUUAUCCGUGUAACGUUUUAGUAUAGUCCUUCGUGAACAAUUAUGAAUACUUCGUGGCAAGAUAGAAUUAUUAUUUGCUAAUUUGUUCUUUCUUAGCCAUGGAUUAUCCGCCGGAGGGGCAUCAGAAGAAUGUCAUUUAAUAUUAAAACAAUAUUUGGAAGGUUAUAAUAUAAGACUUGGUGAUGAUUGCAAGGCCUUAGAACACCAGCUGUAAUUUAAGGACCUUGAGUAAGCGAGAAUAUCCACAUCCCUACGGUGUUCACAAAGAAAUUGAUACUAUAUCUACUCAAUUCCACUCGUCUCACGGGAAAAUUUUGGUUUCUCUGCUAUUAAACGUUACGCAGCUUCACAAUGGCGUAAUUUCUCUUGCGGGGAAAGGAGGUUUUGGUUGGACAUGAAUAUAAAAACCCAUUUACCUCGGCACACUUUUUUUGCAUUCUUCACUCUUGCAAUAUUCAUAGAGUAUUACCCACUCGUGUCGCCUGCAUCCAAUAACCCACAAGGUGAAUGUGUGUUGAAUUUCAACACAUACCCAUACGUGGCAUUUGGUGAAUGUGGCGAUGUGAAAGAGGACAUAAGCACUUGGGGUGGCGAUGGAUUCCCUACCACUCUAUGCUGCCGUAACGCUCUCACGGUUCUGUCGGACGCGUUGGCCUCACAAGCACGCAACUCAACAGGACAACUCUUCCUUUCCCAAGACCAAUGGCAGAACUGUAACCAAUCAUUUCAACCUCAACAAGGGAUGUCACCUACUUCAUGUGGCUUUGACAAUUUGUACCAAGGCAACUUCAGGUGCUCCAGCUUCGUUUUGCAGAGUGUUCGAGUCAUGCAACAGUACCAAGAUGCAUUGGACAAGUGCUCUCACUUCGACCUUCCAUUUUACCAGUCUUGUGCUGAUUGCACCACUGCAAUAUUGAACGUCAGAGAUGGUUUAUAUUCCCAAGUAAUGGGCAAAGACAACAACAACACCGAGAGAACCAUAUGCGGUGUAGCAGCUAUUGUUGCUGUUGCAGCUGGCAAACCCGAUGAUCCUGCCCUCGUUGACAAAUUCUUACGCUGCUUGCCAACUUCAGGAACAAACAAAAGAUUUUCGGUGAAACUGCUGUUAAGCGUGCCAAUUGUUGUGCUUGCAAUAUGUCUUAUCAUUAUUAUGGUAAAAUGUAUGUCGAAGAAGAAGCCUAGUAGGCCAGUGUACUUGAAAGAGAUCACUGCGUGGUCUGGACUGUACUGGUUUUCCAAGGCUGAAAUUGAGAAUGCAAUGAGUUUUGGCGGUGAAAAGAUAAGUCUUGGUCGUGGGAGUGCGGGGCAGGUGUAUAGAGGGGUUCUCCCCAGUGGUCAAGUUGUGGCCAUCAAGCACUUGACAAAGAGUAACACUUCUGAUUCUUUCACUCGAGAAGUUGAAGGGCUUUCUAGGCUUCGCCAUCCAAACUUGGUUUGCUUGUUUGGGUGUUGCAUUGAAGGUGAUGAGAGAUUUUUAGUCUAUGAGUUUUGUGCAAACGGAAAUCUUGCUCAACAUCUCUUAAGAAGAGACAGCCACUUGACAUGGGAAACAAGAGUCAGAAUUUUGAGAGACUGUUCAUUUGCACUCAAAUACCUCCACCAUCAUAUAGAGGGCUGUGUUGUCCAUAGAGAUAUAAAGCUUACGAACAUCCUUUUGAAUGAUAAAUACCAAGCCAAACUGUCGGAUUUUGGAUUGGCAAGGAUGAUGGGAAUGGAAGAGAGCAAGGUUUUUACUGAUGUUAGAGGAACCAUAGGAUACAUGGACCCAGAGUACAUGAGUAAUGCAAAGCUAACUUGCGCCAGUGAUGUAUACAGUUUUGGCAUUGUUGCUUUACAAAUUCUGUCAGGACAGAAAGUCAUAGAAUUGGAUCUUGAUGCCAGAGAUCAACUCACUAGGAAGGCAAGAGAUGUAAGCUUGGGAAAGCGUCCACUGUCGGAUUUUGAAGACCCACGGCUAAAUGGAAAAGUUGAUAAGGCAGACUUUGAAGCCAUUCUACAGAUUGCAGUACUGUGUGUUGCCAAAUCAAGCAAAGGUCGUCCAACCAUUGAGGUUGUCUUUGAGGAAUUGAAUAAGGUCUGCAGAGAAACGGAAGCACGAAUGAAGGCAAAGCAUGAUGAAAGCUCAUCAACAACAUCCACUCCCAGCUCUAAGUCCUCCAAAUUGACUCCUAUUUGACAUAAAAGACAUUGCGCUGCUUGUUAUAUGCGUGUGAGGCUUCUGUUUUCACCAUACAAUUACAACUGAACUGCUAUGAUGGUACAUAUACUAGGGAGAGUGGAGUACAUACAAAUAUAUAUCACUUAUGGCUUUCUCUUGGUCACGGAUCUGAAAUGCUCCUAGAAAAGGUGUUCUGCCCAACUGUAGGUCCGCUUAAAAGAACAUAUGGCGGCAAAAGAAACAAAAAGUUGUUUCAGUCAUCCAGAUAUUCGAUCUUAAUGCAUGUUAUAGGCUUAUAGUAUUAGCAAUUAAAAUCCAUUAUGGCUACUCUUUUCUUUCUUUAUUUUUUUUUUCUUAAUUUUAUUAUAGCAUCCUCCAGAUUCCAUAAGAAUGUUCUGAGAUACAAUCGGAUUUACUUGAAUAAUCUGUUUGAUUGUCCUCGGGUAUAUCUCCACCCAUCUUCUGCUAUAUCGAUGUUUGACAUGCAAGUUCAUCAUUACGAAGCUCUUUCCUUGUGUUUGCUUAGUUAAGUCGUAGAACAAAAACUACCGAAACAUGGCGAUGAAGCCAAUAAUUCUAUAUGAAGUUAUCUAUGAGAUUAGCCUAGUAAAUGCGGAAGAAAGAAAUGGUGAAGAAAGUGAAGCCCAUCUCCUGCUUCAUGUGACAUAUUAUACUUACACAUCUCCUUAUUAAUCUAUGAGAGAGGAAGAAUUUUGUUUUGGGCGAUGACAAGAAGAGAGAGAAGAAAAAAAGAAAAGGAGGAGGGAGAAAAUAAAUAAGCAUACAGAAACAAAGUUUCUAAUUGAUUUGUCUAUCAAUAGGACACAAGAUUUGAUUCUCGCGUACACAAAUAUGUAUUAAUUUGUGACAAAAAUAAUAACAUUAGAAUUG